AUGUCGGAACACCACAGCUUCCACCAUAUCUAUCCGUGGACAAAAGCGCCAUUGAUAGUCUCAGCGCCUAUGCGAGAUGUCUCCGGACCAGCGCUAGCCGCCGCAGUGUCAGCAGCAGGUGGCCUAGGAUUCAUUGCUGGCGGGGAAGAUGUGUCAGGAUUGGAAAACAAGCUCAGUGAGGCCGCACGCCUUGUCGCGGAGCACAAAGCUCGCCGGGGCUCUCCAGAUGAUAACUCCUUACUAUUUCAUAACUCCUCAUCACUUCCAGUUGGGAUUGGGGUCAUCAAUUGGGGAGCGGAUUUCAACGUCGCUCUUCCACUUAUCGUCAAAUACCGCCCCUGCGCCGUGUGGCUUUUUGCACCUUCUGAAAGUGCUUCCGAUCAGAUCCCAUGGGUGCAGCAAAUUCGUGAGCAAACAGAUGGCGAUGUCGCAAUCUGGGUUCAGGUUGGGAACAUUGAAGAGGCCUGUGCUGCUGUGGCCGAGCUGCAACCCGAUGUUCUUGUGUUGCAAGGUAGCGACGGAGGAGGCCAUGGGCUUGUCCGAUCUGCAAGUGUGCUUUCCCUUGUGCCAGAAAUGAUCGAUAGACUUCAGACCAAAUUUUUCGACGGCUCAUCGAAUACUGUUAUCCCGAAGAUCGUUGCAGCUGGUGGUCUGGCGGACGGUCGUGGAGCCGCCGCAGCGUUCACCCUUGGGGCUGAAGCCAUAGCUAUGGGAACACGCUUUCUCGCCUCUUUCGAAGCAGAUAUCCCGAAGGAGUACCAACAGGCCAUUAUUGAGGCUAAAUAUGGCGGGGCUAAUACUGUUCGCUCGCACGUCUUCGAUUCAGCACGUGGAACCUCACAAUGGCCGAGCAAAUUUGAGCCUCGGGGAGUCAUCAACCGAACUUACACGGAAUUUAUAGCCGGUAACACCACGGAGCCCGACAAUUAUCAACGAUACCAUGAAGCUUUGAGAAAUAGGGAGCAAUACGGACCUAAUGGUCGCAUCGAUACGUUGUGCGGAACCAGUGUGGGCCUCGUUGGUGAGGUACUGCCAGCUGGUGAAAUUGUCCGGAAAAUAGCAAGAGACACGGAAAGGAUUCUGCUAACAGAUCGUUGGUCCAAAUUAUAA